ACUGUUCUUUUUCUUACUUAUUUUAAUAAUCAUAAACUACAGUCUUGAUAUAUAUAUUAAGAUCGUCAUCCUACCCCAGCCUAACAAUAGAUUUUACAAAAGUAUUUUAAUGUUUGCUACAUUGGAUGUCAUACUACAUAAAGGAAGCACUUUUAUAAGAUGGUGGGAAACUUCACCUGCAAAUGAGGCAAAAGUAAUAAGAGGAAAUCAGGUAAAAUAGAUGGAGUAGGCAGAAGUAUAAGGGGGUGUAUCAUUUAGUUUAAAAAACUCAGUGGGGUAUUUCUUAUUUCUUCCUCAAGUUUUAUGUGGUAGUCUUUGAACCAUAAGUUUGAAACUCAUAACUGCUUGAAAAUAGAUUAGUCUAAGUAAAAAUUUUGAAAUUCUUGGUAUUACUAUAUACAUAUUCAGCAAGGAGCAAUGUUAGUUUUUUUUCUUCUUUCUUUUUUUUAGUUGCAAGGAGAGGAACAUGCAUAAGGAACAAACUACAAAGAAUUACAUGGAUGUUUUGAUACUUCAAUCAAAGGAAGAAAUAGCUCUUCUCCUAAGAUGGAAUCUGUUGUUUGGGAAUGUGGUUAAUCAACUUGAUAUGUUGGCCAAAUGUGCCCUAUCUAAUAAAAUGAAAAGAAGAGACAAGAUGAUGUCAUUUUCCCAUAUUGUGAAACCAAAAACAAAUGCCUUUUGUGAGACCAAACUGACAAACCUCUGAUGGUGCAGAGGUUUGAAGAACUUAACAGUGAGAUAUAGAAGAAAUACUUUCAAGCUGAGACCUGCAGGUGUAUAAAGAUCUAAAAUACAUAUUGAGUAGGCCUGAUCAUUUGAAUCUCAUUCAGAUCCACGAAGGAUGGCUAUGAGUUGGACUGUCUUCUGUCUUUUGCCCUUGACUAUGUUUGUGGGGCAUAUAGGUGGGCACAGUUUGUUUUCUUGUGAACCUAUAACCUUGAGGAUGUGCCAAGAUUUGCCUUAUAAUACUACCUUCAUGCCUAAUCUUCUGAAUCAUUAUGACCAACAGACCGCAGCUUUAGCAAUGGAGCCAUUCCACCCUAUGGUGAAUCUGGAUUGUUCUCGGGAUUUCCGGCCAUUUCUCUGUGCACUCUAUGCUCCUAUUUGUAUGGAAUAUGGACGUGUCACACUUCCAUGUCGUAGGCUGUGUCAGCGGGCUUACAGCGAGUGUUCGAAGCUCAUGGAGAUGUUUGGUGUUCCUUGGCCUGAAGAUAUGGAAUGCAGUAGGUUCCCAGAUUGUGAUGAACCAUAUCCUCGACUUGUGGAUCUGAAUUUAGCUGGAGAUCCUACUGAAGGAGCCCCAGUGGCAGUGCAGAGGGACUAUGGUUUUUGGUGUCCCCGAGAGUUGAAAAUUGAUCCUGAUCUUGGUUAUUCUUUUUUGCACGUGCGUGAUUGUUCACCUCCUUGUCCAAAUAUGUACUUUAGGAGAGAAGAACUUUCAUUUGCUCGAUAUUUCAUAGGAUUGAUUUCAAUCAUUUGCCUCUCUGCCACAUUGUUCACUUUUUUAACUUUUUUGAUUGAUGUCACAAGAUUCCGUUAUCCUGAAAGACCUAUUAUAUUUUACGCAGUCUGCUACAUGAUGGUGUCAUUAAUUUUCUUCAUUGGGUUUUUGCUUGAGGACCGAGUAGCCUGCAAUGCAUCUAGUCCUGCACAGUAUAAGGCUUCCACGGUGACACAAGGAUCUCAUAAUAAAGCCUGUACCAUGCUUUUUAUGGUACUCUAUUUUUUUACUAUGGCUGGCAGUGUUUGGUGGGUAAUUCUAACCAUCACAUGGUUCUUGGCAGCUGUGCCAAAGUGGGGUAGUGAAGCUAUUGAGAAGAAAGCAUUGCUGUUUCACGCCAGUGCAUGGGGCAUUCCUGGAACUCUAACUAUCAUCCUUUUAGCGAUGAAUAAAAUUGAAGGUGACAAUAUCAGUGGCGUGUGUUUUGUUGGCCUCUACGAUGUUGAUGCAUUGAGAUAUUUUGUUCUUGCUCCCCUCUGCCUGUAUGUGGUAGUUGGGGUGUCUCUCCUCUUAGCUGGCAUUAUAUCACUAAACAGAGUUCGAAUUGAGAUUCCAUUAGAAAAGGAGAACCAAGAUAAACUGGUGAAGUUUAUGAUCCGGAUUGGUGUUUUCAGCAUUUUGUAUCUCGUACCACUCUUGGUGGUAAUUGGAUGCUACUUUUAUGAGCAAGCUUACCGUGGCAUCUGGGAAACAACAUGGAUACAAGAACGCUGCAGAGAAUAUCACAUUCCGUGUCCAUAUCAGGUUACUCAAAUGAGUCGUCCAGACCUGAUUCUCUUUCUGAUGAAAUACCUAAUGGCCCUCAUAGUUGGUAUUCCCUCCAUUUUUUGGGUUGGAAGCAAAAAGACAUGCUUUGAAUGGGCCAGUUUUUUUCAUGGUCGUAGGAAAAAAGAAAUAGUGAAUGAGAGCCGACAGGUACUCCAGGAACCAGAUUUUGCUCAGUCCCUCCUAAGGGAUCCAAAUACUCCUAUUAUAAGGAAAUCAAGAGGAACUUCCACUCAAGGAACAUCUACACAUGCUUCCUCAACUCAGCUGGCUAUGGUGGAUGAUCAGAGAAGCAAAGCAGGGAGUGUCCACAGCAAAGUGAGCAGCUACCAUGGCAGCCUCCACAGAUCCCGUGAUGGCAGGUACACUCCCUGCAGUUACAGAGGAAUGGAAGAGAGACUACCUCAUGGCAGCAUGUCACGGCUGACGGAUCACUCCAGACACAGCAGUUCUCAUCGGCUCAACGAGCAGUCACGACAUAGCAGCAUCAGAGAUCUCAGUAAUAAUCCUAUGACUCACAUCACACAUGGUACCAGCAUGAAUCGAGUUAUUGAAGAAGAUGGAACCAGUGCUUAAAUCAUCCUAAGGUGGAAAACUUGUGCUGUUUAAGAAGCAGAUCUUACUUGCCUUGGCAUGGCUGCAACUCUCUGUUACCAUGCUUCCAGUGAGGUGCAGAUUGUGUCCAUUAGAAAAGCAAAUUUUUGCUUUUUAUAUUGCAUCAAACUUGGAACAUCAAGGCAUCCAAAAUGCUAAGAAUUAGAUCAUCAUAUAAAUAAUACUUAUUUCUAGGGUAUGAAGAGAUAAUAAUUUGUCUGGUAAGCAUUUUUAUAAACUCACUUAUUUUAUAUUUAGUAAAAUCCUAAACAUAUGAGACUGCUUUGUAGUGAACUUUCAUAUAAUAUCAUCUAGUCGUGAGAUAACAUUCUCGUAGUACUUAAUAAAACAAAAUUUCAGAUUUAAAGAAAUUUUCUAUGCAAAGUUUAUUUGUCAGAUGAAUAGUAGGAAUUUGUAAUUUUCUUUUCACUAAGUGAAAAAGAACUGUGUUUUUAAACUGUAGGAGAAUUUGAUAAAUCAGCAAGGGUAUUUUAGCUAAUAGAAUAUAAAGAUUAACAGAUGAAUCUGACUAGUCUAUUGAAGGCUCUUAAAAUUCUAUCAAAAUAAUCUUCAUCAAGAGAGAUACAGGAUUAGGAUUAGCAAUGGAAUAAAAUUGGAGAUGGACACUUUUUUCCCUAUAAUUUUGCUGUUUAUAUUAUUACGUUUGUAAAUAUUACUUUUACUGGCUGUGUUUUUAUAACUUAUCCAUAUGCAUGAUGGAAAGUGUUUAAUUUAUAGCCAUCUUUUCCCAUGUAGUAGUAUUGAUUCUAGAGAAAUUCAUGUUCAGAUCUGUUCUGUGGAUGCAUGUAAUAAGAUAAGCAUCAUACAUUGCUUUUUUUGUGGUAACCACAGUUACAAAAUGGCAAAAUGUUUCCUCUUUAUUCAUUGUUGUAUUUUUCUGCAGUGAGAUGUGAUCUUGCCAAGGCUACCAGAUCUUGGCAUCCAGGCCCCUCCCGUCAGCGAUUUGAUUGUCUGUACUCGCGUUGCUAGUGGCCAGUAGGCUACAGCUUUUGCCCCUCACUCUUACUUUCAGAUUCUGGAUCAUUCUUUUUUAUAGCUGAAAUACAUGUAACCUAUAUCCAAAGUGGUGAUUAAUUUGGGGUAUUUGAAAAUCGUUGUAGCUAAAUGAAGCAUGAUUAGUCUUGCUGUGAAGUAUCUCUUAAUCUUAAAAAUAUCAGCUCAAAAAUGUUUGAUGGUUUGUCUUAUAAAAAGCUUAAACAAUUUACAGUAAAAACUGUAAACUUUAUUAGGCAUGAAACUGAUCAGAAAAGAAGGAAAAAUUCUAGGAAAUCCUGGAUGUGUUAUAUAGAAAAGCAUAUUUAAAACAAGCGGUCCUUGACUCUGACUACAUAUAAGAAUCACUUGGGGAACCUCUGAUGCCCAGCGAUCCUGUCAUUCAGAUGAGAAUUGGUAGUUUUAAAAACUUUCCAGGUGAUUCUGAUCAGCCAUUCUGCAGGCUGUUUUAAACCAACUUGUCCCUGUGAUGAUCUGAUGGCAUCAUAUCACAUCAUGUGAAAAUCUAGCUGGACUCAGUGUUAUGCUUAUGUACCAUUACCUGAUACCCAAUUUUUCUCCACUUACUUGUCCAUUAUAAAAUGGAAUUCUGGGCCCCACUCCCAAAGAUUCUUAUUCAACAAGUCAAAGAUGGCAAGGCUUUAAAAUCUAUAGUUAUAAAAAUACUACAACUUAUUCUUAGGAAAGCAGGUAAUCCAAGAAUCACAGUUUGAAAAAUAUUCCAAAUCUAGAGAGGCCUGGCUUUGCCAUAUGCUAGUUUUUAACCUUUAACAAAUCAACUUCUUUGAGCCUUGAUUCCCUUGUUUAUUGAAAUUAAGAUAGAAGAUAAAUACCUACCUCACAAAGUCAAAUAGGGAUCAAAUGAAUAGUCAUAUGCAAGCUCUUUGAAAACUAAGACAUUAUGAAAUACAAGAGAUUAACUUUAUUGAGGAUUUAGGAAAUUUGAGGGCUAAUAUAGUACAUUCCUUGACAUGUUUAAUUCAUGUGUACUUUUCCCUCUCCUUUAAAACAAAAAGCACCGAGAAAUUAGAUGUUGUAAAAGAAGCUUUCAUCACUCACAGAAGGCUGUUUCCUGAGAAUUUGUGUGUAUGUCAUGUUGUGUCUCUCGAAGUAUAUAAAAUAUUUACAAUUAAUUCUUCAUAAGAUAUGCUUGAACAUGUGACUGAAAUUAUUUCUUUUUCUCCUCCAUCUUUAUUGUCUUUCUUCUUGGAACUGAAGUUAGUACUUAAGACAGACAAAAUCUGAAUUCCCUAGUAACUGACAAUUAGUAAACCUUUUCUCCAAAGGCCAGACUUACAGCAUCUCUUUUAUAAAUAAAUCAGUAAUUCAUGAGGCUUUUGUCUGAGAAUCUCUCCUGAGAACAGCAUGAGAGGACCAAAACAAACAUUCAGAAACAAAAAUAACAAGUUAAAAUAGAAGGUAGCAGUUUGAGCUCAAAGAUGUUGUCGUCAUCACCAUCUGCAUUAUAUUAUCAAUUGCCAAAUGUUAAUUAGUUUUCUCCUACAAGUGGGCCAAGUAUAUAGCCAGUCAAGUGAGCAUCACUAUGUAAAUUUUAACUUUGUGUUUCCUCAUUUUUACGUAUUCAUUUGCAUCUUCUCCAUUAAACUAUCUGUUAGUAUAUAUGUAAAUGCCAUAUUGACCUUUCAGUUAUUUUUAGUAUCUUAAUUUUGUCCCACAAAAUUUACUUAAAAUUGUUGAUCCAUUGUUUUAAAUAACAGUAUUUCGUUUGGGCUCUGUUAUUUAUCAAAAGGGUGCUUCAAAUUAACAAUUUUUUUUAAAGAGACAGUUGAAGAACUAUAUAGUAAGACAGCAGUUUCAGACCUCAACUAGCUUAAACCAACUUGAGCAAGUCUGGACAGCUUUCUUACCAUAUGUUUAAGUUUAAUUUGUGUUGUGAUUGGCAUAUGAUAAUGUUUAGUAUUUUAUUUUGUCAGUUGACAACUGACAAAAUAGUAGUCUUCUCUAAAAUGUUAAUAUAUAAUCAAAAGAUUUUUGAAAAGGACUUUGAUUUCCGCAAUAUUGCAUUUAAUUUAGUUUAUUCAGUAGUUAAAGCAAAAAAUUCAAGACUAUUAAUUUCAAAACAAUAAUUAGUUUCAUAGAACAAUUGGGUACUAACUCAACAACUAGCAUAGGGCUUAUUACAUAGUAGGUUCUUCAGUAAAUAUUUAAAUGGAUAAAUAACUAUCUUAUACAACUUACUUUUACCCUAGUAGAGAGUCACUUCAAAGAAAUUUGGAAGAUCUAAAUUUAAUUAAACUAGGUGAAAUGAAGUCUUUGCUUUAACAGAAUAACACAUGGCAACUAAUAAGAAAUAUGUAAAUUGCACCAAAUGAAGCUAUUUCUCAUAGGAUAACAGUCCAUUUUACUGUUUUUAUUAUGGAUUUAUAUAUUCAAAAUUACAGUUUUUAUUAAUUUUAAAUGGUAAACAGCAAUUAUUAGAAGUAUUUAGGCUCUUGUCAGUUUUAUGUGAAGUUAGAUUUUGUUGUGCUAGUUGGGUGAAUGAAUAUUUAAGCAAACCUUUAUUGGUAAUGAUUUCUUUUUCUGCUACUGCUUAGAGCAGAUUUAUAAAAAUUUUAAGAAUCUCUUCAAAUUAGAAAACUUUACUGCAUUUUAACCUACCUCAUUAGUUUCUUUGAGAUAAUAACUGGAAACUAUUGAAAUUGUAACUAUCUUGGAUCAGGCUAUAUCCCUGUGAAAUAAAAGGAACUACUUUAAUUUUAGUGGAUCAUUGGCUGGAGCUUAGAAAAUAUUAAUAUACCAAAAUUUCGCUCUGAUGAGAUUUUUACUGCUUUUGACAUGCCAAAGGUACAUUUACAUAUUAUCAUACUUGGAUGACUUACAUAGUCUAGUGUAAUGAAAAUCCCACUGGGCUUGAAGUUUAAAGACCCAUAAUUACGACGUGAACCACACAGGAAAUUAAACUUUUCUUAGUCUCAAUUUCUUUGAUGUAAAGUGAGGGAGGAGAAGGUAAUUUUUGGUCCCCAAACCUACCUCACUGGACAUUGUGAGGAUCAAAUAAGAUAACAUGUAUUAUACUUCUCUGUAACCUGUAAGUUGCUGUAUUGAUAACUUAUUUGGGUAUUUUUUAGAAUUUUAGGGUUAUAGGAAACAAGGCUAUGGUCUGCAUUGGUAUUUAACAUAACAACAAAAUAAGCAAUAAGACCAGUAUUCAUUUGGUACAAUCUUUAAAUCAACAAUCCAAUUAAUCUUUUAAAAAUGAAGUUCUUCUUUAAGACUAGCUAUGUCCUUGAAGUGUGUUGGCUCUGUAGUAGAUGUUAUACCAGAGUAUGCGCUCUCAUUUUCUACAGUUGAAUUUGUAGGUCACUUAAAACAGAAAUUUGGAGAUCUCCAUUACAUUUUCCCUUUGAUAUGGAAUUAUAUAAAUACAUUAACUUCACUGAAAUUUAUAAGAAAAAUAUAAAAAGUGUAGGCCCUAUAACUUUAGGACUUGCAUGUACCUAAUUCUAAUUCUUUCUGAUUAAGAACAGGUUUUUAAAAGGUGAUUAUUGUAACACUUGGUUUUCAUCAUGGCAAAACUUUAAAUCUUAAUUGUAACACCUUAACUAUUUACAUGUUCGUCUAUAAAAUUUUUUAACCUGCGUAAAGUAAGGAAUUCUCCAUUCUUUUCCACACAUAAACAUACAAAAGGCAGCAUUUUUAUGGAACUUAGAUUUACAGAGGAACUAAUGCUUGUUUUAAACUUCUUUUAUGCCUUUUUAGAACUGAUUUAAAUAAGAAAAAAAUGUUUACAUUGAUUCAGCUAUGUUUCCUAGUGGUUGCAUUAUUUAUACAUUAUUCUUAUAUCAUUUCUAUUUUGUAUGAAAAAUUCUGUUGACAUCUCUUCAUAAUUUAAUUCUCUUCCCUUCUUUUGUUCCAGUUACUGAGUUUCGGGAAAGGAAUAGGAAAGCUAAGCAUCCUUUACCUUCCAUCUGACUGUAAUAGCUUCCUGGGGUUUUUUCCUAAUUUAAUUUUAGUUUUAUACUUUUUAAUAGUCAAAUUGAUAUAGGAUUAUAAUUUUCUGUCAGGAUCCAAAGUCUUCUAGGAAAGAAAUGUUAAGGUCCACCCAAAGCCAGCCUCUUUGUAGACAUUCCUAUUUGGUUGAUUUAUAAAGAUUUAAUAUAGGUUAAUAUAAGGACAUUUCUUACUUUGUGAUCUCUAGGAAGUAAAGUUUUAUUACCAUAAAUACAAAAGAAAGUAAAAUUUCACUUAGAUUUUAGUUAAAUCCCAUGCUAGUACAACAUUACUUCCUACAUAAGAGAGAGUAGUUCAAUCUAUUUAAAUGCAUUAAAGAGUAAUUUCCUUCAGAUUUAAAAAAAAAUUCAGUUAUUUCAGGAAAUCUGUUGUGUCCUUUCUUGAACAUUUUCAUUGGUAUGAUAGCAUUGCCCAUAAUUUAUUCUCGUUUUAUUUGCCACUAUCACCAAUUUUCCCUGAGAAACAAGUUUUUACCUUGUGAUAAUUUGGAUUUUGAAACUUCAGUGUUCCAUUAUUUCGGUGAUUACCAUUCACUAGUGACAGCAUUUAUAUGACAGUGAUGUUUUCCAAGCUUCUUAUUUUAUCAUGUUUCUUGAAGUAGGGUGAACUACUUUAUUAGUAAAAUUGUAGUUCUCAGGUUUUGUUUUAUUAGCUUGUUUGUAUUGCUAACUUGCAAAUAUUUCUUUAAUUGUGUUGUGCUUUUAAAAGAAAAAAAUUUAGUGCUUAAUAAUUUCUUUUUCUAAAUUGACAUAUUUUUUAUUUUUAAGCUUAGUAAAAAUGCAUUGUUAUUUUUUUUAAUAACACAGAAUUUUGAGUCAGGAGACCUGAUUUCUAGUCUUGCCUCUCUUUUCAAUGAGCUGUGUAACUGGACUUUUACCUUUUGGGAUCUUGGUUUUCUCAUCUGUAAGUGAAAGAAACAAGGGGAUUAGAGAGCUUGUGUCUCAGAUCCCACCUGUCUCUAACUUGUCCUUAGACCAUGUUAUAAUCACUAAUCUGGGCUUGCUUUUACUGUUACUCUUCCCAGUCAACCUGUACUAUUAGUGCAAUUUAUAGCUAAAUUGAUAGGAUUCAGAUAUGUUAUUAACUUUUUUUUCCCAUUCAUAGUGUAAGUAGUUUUAAAGAAGGAAAAUUAUGUUACAGAUAAAAGUGAAAGAAAGGUUACAACUGUUUGACAUGACCUUUUUUUUCUUUUCCAUGGGAAAAGUCUCCUAAAGCACCAACAUUAAGCACCCUUAAAACUGAUAUACAGAAAAACAAUAACAUAAAAUUUUGUAGUCUUUAUUCUUUUAAAUAUUAGUAUAGGUAGUUAGCUUAAACUCUGAACAAAAUGUAUUCAAGAUAAAAUGAGUGAACUCAAAGUGCUAAUUAAAAAGUUACCAGGUUUUACCAACAUUAAAAUAAUUAUAAAAUGUAAAAGGAAUUUCAGAAGAGUGGAUUGAGAUUCUGUUCAAUAAUUAUUCUUAAAUUGUAUUAUUAGGUUCAUUGAAUAAAAAUAUAAUUUCCAGGUUGCCAUGGGCAAGUGAAUGUCCUACUGUAAAAUAGUGAUAAAUAUGGUUUGUUAUUUUUAGUUUUUUUCUGACUAUGCAGAAGAAGGUUUUCAUAAGGCCUCCUUUUCUAUCUUAUAAAAUGUAGAGAUUCCGUUAGUUCCAUCUCUCAGCAGAAAGUUUUUUUAGAUUUAGUUGUGUUCUCUGAGAACCAGUCCAAGGGGGUUUCUGUUACUUUUAAAGAUCAUUGUCUUUGCUCUAUGGCUGCAUAACUUCUAUCAAAUUCUUGAACACAUUGGUCCAUAGAUUUACAGUUGAGGUGUCGGGUUUGGGGUCUGAGGCGUACAGAAGUGCAAUGAAGAUGUACUGGUUUCUGGUAUGAUUUAUUUGACUAUCCUUGAUUCCUUGUUUGGUUCAAGCAACGUCUUGGCUUCCAGAAAUUUAAUUAGAUGCUCAGCCUCUCUCGGUCAGAUCUGCCUAUGUUACAGUGUUAUUUUGAUUGCCUGUCAAAAACAAAAACAGAAACAAAACUUUAUUUCCAGUUCUCUGCCUCUGCAUGUUUUAUUACAUUUGCUAAACUUGAUUCGGAGGUCCAAACAUUUCAUGGAAUAUUUUCUGGAUUUUGAUAAUGGGAUAUUCUAUUUAAAAAAAAGCAGAUAAUCUUAGAGUGAUUUAUUUUAUAUUUAUCCAUCUACCAUUUUUCUAUUUCUUUAUUUCUCUCCUUCCCAGUUUUGACCAAAAAAUUUAUAUCCUUCUUUUUUCCCUUAGCCUUGCCUCAGGUAAUUUUUCCCUGAACUACUCUUGUCAGCAGAAACAUUUGAUAUGAAAUAAUUCUAUAUUUCUGAAACAAGAUGAACAUAGUAGUUCUUUACAUUGAGCUGGAGUAGUACUUGAAAAAUUUUUUUCUUUUUAUGUGAACUUUUAAUUAUUUUUUAAAAUCAUAAAAGAACUCUUGGAUUUGGAAAUAAUAGUCUGGAAGUUCUCUCAUCAUCAGGUGCUAUUUCUAUCUUAUCUGUGAGUUAUAAGAGUAAAUCUGGAUUCUUUAUCAUUCAUUCAUCUUUCUUUUAAAUUUAAUUUCACUAAAAUAUCCCAUUUCACAUAUCUUUAGCACCCACUUCAACUUUUCUGCUUUUAUUUUCGAAUGCCAAAUUUUAUUUUUUAGAAUUUUACUCUUUCAUUGAAGUUUAAAAGUUUGCAUAUGUGAAGGAGUUACCACAAUUUAGACAUUUACCUUGGCAUCAUAAAGAUAUAAUCACCACCAUCCUUUUCCUCCAGCCCCAAAAAGGAAAGCUUGGUUGACAUUCAAAAGCUAUUAAGUUAUCUUAUUUUUGUUAUUUGAAAGAGCUGUGUCUUCUAAUUUAAAAUUUUUUUAAUUAAGAAAAUCUGACUUUGUUGUAUUUUAAUCUGAUAGUAAAUUUGGGGGAUUAUUUAUAUAAAUAUAUGUCUACAGUUACUGGUAGUUAUUAGUUAUUUCACUGACUAUAAUAUGCGAUACCCCAAAUUCACAUUUAUUUAAUGUGAGGUGUUUGGGUUCAUUUUUGAGCCUUUGUUUUGUCUUGUUUUCUUACCGUUGUACAGUGUUGUAUAUGUUAGGCUAUCAUGGUCAGCUCAGCAGAACACUCUCCUGUAGAUGGAUUGUUCCUUCUGAGAAUCAGGCCAAGGAGAUUCAUACUAUGUGGUCAUAGUUGGAUAAUAUUAUGGACUAUGUAGAAUUGCUGGUUUUGUUGGUCAAAAGUGAUCAAAUGUUAUCGAUUUUGUAAUAUAUAUUCAAGAAACUCCUAAACAAAAGAUUUUGUUGAACAGAUAUAUUGACUUCCCAUCCCAACUCUUCAUAUCAACCUGUCACUAGGCUUUAUGAAGGAGACUCAAACUACAGAUAGCCACAGAUCAAGAAAAUUCUACUUUGUUGUUAAAUCACCAAGUUUUCAAAGAUACUUAAUCAAAAUAACUUCAGUAUUUGAAGCAAAUACCUGUUGGGAAUACAUAAGUUACCUAAGCCUUUCUUUAAGUCUGUAUAUAGUUUUUAAAUUUUCAUAAUCUGGGAUAUUGUCAUAUAUCAAAGGAUUAGUCUGUAAAUAUCAUUUAGAGGCAAAAUAACCCCCCUCCCCUAUAACUGAUAUGGACUCAAAUUGCUAAUAUAGAAUUUUAUCUUCUUUGUAAGCAUUCUAAAAUAACAAAUACUGCUAUGUUAAAUAGUCCUCAAACUUGCCUUAAAAUGCCUUUUAAAGAGUUUCUUUAUUCCUGUUUCAGGUUGUAAGAAUAAAAAUAUUUGAGUAUAAAAAACAUUAAAAAAUAUGAAGCUCCUACAAAGGGAAUCCCCAAUUUUAAAUUGAACUAUGAUCUGAAAGGUUGUAAAUUGGGUUGUUUCAAACUCAGAUUAUAUUUCCUCAUAUAUAAGUGAUACUAUUAUGAUUAAUGAGAGGAACAAAUUAGCCAACAAGAGCCAAUCUAGUUCACGCCAGUGUUCAUCUAGGUGUUGCAAUUUUAAUAAACUUUUAUAGUGGAGAAAGUUUAACUGGAUUUCUUAAUAACUGCUUGGUACGCGUCUUCCUAGGUGAUACCCUGAGGCCUGCGCAGGUACCUACUCUCUCCCUCUGGCCUAUCCCUCAUAUGCUACCUUCCCGAAGACCUUCCUACCUGCCUCCUCUCCCUAGUCUUCCUUUUCAAUACUUCCACAGUAUAAUGUAUCUCAAGCAUUAGGAAGAAGGAAGUUUGCAUUAACUAAUUCAUAUUAAAGCGUUAGUGACUAUUAGCCCUUUUACUUCUCUUAAAGAGAAAUCUGCAUUAGAAACAAACAUUGCUUUUAGUACAAACUAAUAUCAGUUAAUAGAAUAUUAAGCUUUAAAACAAAGGCAGAAAUAAUUUGUGUUAGCAGGAUUAUUUUGAGGCAAGAGGUAUCAUUAAGUGACCCAACUUGGAAAUCUGCCCCAUCUUUCCCUGAUGUCUGAAAGUGCUGUUUAUUUUCAGUGACCUUGAGGAAGGGAGCUUGUCAUUUGUAUUUAUGGGUCAUUUGAAGCCAGGGCCUCGCUGACCCUGUAUUUUAGUUUAGGGGCUAUGUCUAGAGCAUCCUAGAUAACCCAUCACCCACACCAUUCUGUUUCAGUCACAGUGUACCUUCCACAUAGUCCUGUCUUCCAGCUCUGCUUAUCGAUAAUAAAUUUACAGAUGACGACUAUCCAUUCUUGUAAAAAAUAUUAAGUCUUUCCUCAUUUACUGUUAUAGAUAAUGACCACCAACCACAUUUUCAUUUUUUCAAAAGAUAGAAAGGGAGAGAGGAUAUUCCCUUUUCACUAUUUUAAAAAUGUUUUUAAGCAGUUGACACUUGGCAAUUUAGUUUUUCAAACCAUAUUCUGAAUUAGUGCUGAGGUGAUUCUAACGUUGGUUCUAAAAUUUUAAUCUUGCUUUAUUAUAUAAACAUCUAGGUAGAAAGUGUUUGUGCUUAAGACUUGUAUUUUUGUGGCGUUAAUUCUUCAUGUUUCUUUUUCAUGUGUUUGAAAUUGUUCAUUCAUUUCCGGGUGAGUGGAAAGUUCCUGUCGUUGAGAUCUGUAUAGAGCAAGUGCCCUUGAUCAGAGCAUGAACCGUACUUUCCCGUUAGCCGAUGUGCUUCGCACUCUGCUCUUGUAGAUUUAUUUUGUUUACAGUAGACCGAUGUGAGUUUUUGUAAAUGUUUUUACUUAGCACUUUAACUGUGAGUGUACAAACUGAUUUUAAAUGUAGUGGUUGUAUAUUUUGGUUAUAAAUUGGAAAUUUUUAAUAAAAUUAAAUAAUUUGUUCUC